GAGGCCACUCUGCCUGCCAUGACGGAGGGUGAGUCCAUUGUUGUGCGACAUGCUGACAACGAGGAUGUUCGGUCUCAACCAUAGGCGGUUCACAUGGGAGAGCCUACACCGGAUACGGAGGAGGACCGUAUGGCUCGAGAGGCGAGGGAGGAUGAGGAGGAGGCCGCAAGGGCUAAGGCCCUAGCCGAUGCUGGCCCACGCACACAGGCCAUGGCACGUGACAUGGAGGUUAUGCGUCAACUAGAGACCGGGGGAGAAGGAGUGCGAGGCAGUGUUGCGGAGGAUGAGCAGAUGGACGACCCAGUUGGUAUGGCACACGAUGGAGAGGCACGCGACGAGAUAGUGAUUGACUCCGCCAUGGCAGAGGCCGAUGCUGCUCAGUUGCGAGAUCCAGGAAAGGUACCAGCGGGAGACGUGGGGGAUGAGGAGCCAGUUGGGAGUCCAGUGGCGGUGGGGGGAGACGUAGAGACAGGGGAGGACGCAUGUGGGGAGGUACAUGGAGAUGUGGGUGCGCCCUCGACUUUACCUGCUUCUGGCAUGGGGGAGGGAGCAGGUGUCAUGGCGCCACCGCCCAUUCAGCAGGAUGCACCAACGGGCACACAUCGCCAGCGUUGUCGUCGUCCACCUGGUGUUGGGACGCAAUGCACUCGUUACGUAGAGCAGCCACGAGACAAUUUGAUUUUCGGCGCAAUGAUUGUUGAUGAGUUGGGCGCGUGCCUUGCGACGGAUCUCACAGAGACGAGAUGUGGAGUGAGGAUCGACUCAAAGAAAGCCAAAACACUUCUACCAUGCAUGCAGUCCGUUUCAUGGGGCCUUGCCAGUCCGACACCACCAUCAGACGCUUCGGUGGCGGUGGGUGCCAUGGGAGUUGGUGCGGCACAGUCCCCUCCCAGUGUGGCACGAGAUCGCGGGACACAACCAUCUGCGGCAAACUCAGCGACGGGCAGGCCUAGAGAGCGUCGACAGGCGACAACAUGGGUCGACGCUUCUUUACUCGGCCACACUGACGUGCCGUGGAGCAACACCAGGAGGUCGACGACGGCCACUAGGAAGAGGCAGCCCGGGUUGGGGAGGCGACACUCGUCCACGUCAUUAACGAGGGAGGUGCAUGCUGCUGGGUUCGAUCAUCGUGGAGGGUCGGGUGUUGAUGCUGAGGGAGCGGGCGGACAUGGAUCUGCAGCGCCUGGUGCACAAGUGUCGACACACGGAUUGGGGGAGGUUUCACAAAUCCUCGGGGCAGAUGUGUUAGGGCCUCCGAGGACACAGAGACCGAUACCUCGACGAGCAUUACACCGGGAUGGUGAGACCACCGAAGGCGAGAGGUUGGAGAUGACGCAAGGCAGACGUCGCAUGGACACCCUUAUAUCGGUGGCAUGAAGGGAGAUUAGACGGGAUGGCGUCACGGUG